UUGUGUAUUAUGUUGAGUAGACAUGGAUAAUUAUACACCAGAGGAACGAAAUUUUCUUUUACUUAUUCAAGCACUUAAAUACUGUACAAUUGGACUAAAAGCGUACAUAGAUCAGUGUUUGGAAGAUUUGUAUGACCGCUUAAAAAGAAAGGUUGGUUCAAAUGCAGCUUGUACCCAAUACUGUAGUAAGCGAUGCAACGUCACACAAUGGUGCAACACUUGUGCUGCAUGGAAACAAGAGGCAGAGAAGUUAAUGCGGUACAACAUUCACAAGAAUAGAGUGAAAUGGCGGGAUAUCGAAUUAUGGAAACUAUCACAGACAGACCGUGAAGAAGGAAAAUUUGAACUGUGUCGUAUAUUUGUACGCGAUGGAAGAUUGAUUAAGUAUGAUAUUCAGACUAUGUUGUCUCUAUUGCAUAAUUGUCGAUAUUUUGGAAUUGGUGACGAUAAAAACCGUUUAGAUGCAGUUCGUAAUGUGCGAAAUAUUGAUUUUGCUCAUACAGAUCUAUUUGAAAUGUCUAAAAAGGAACUUUCAAAAGCCAUUUCGAGUCUCUUACAUUUUUUUCAACACCCUUCUUUCAAAGGAUUUCAAUGCAUUUCAAUAGUAUCGAUUAAAAUUAAAGGUUUACCUAAGAAAGACAAGCACAGUCUCACAGAAAUUGAGGUAUACACUGCUUUCAGAAGCCCAGGGAAAAUAUGUGAAUCGGAUGUAAACGAUUUUUUAUCUAUCUGUGAAGAGAAAAAAAAAUCAGAUGGACAACGAAUAUUACAAUUCUCAAUUUUAGUAUUAUUUGUCGCUAUUCUUUUCGUAAGUUUGUGGAGAAUUCUUAACAUGGAAAGUGCACAAGAGAACAAUUUGUUAAUAUGCAAAAAUGCAGCCUAUGAACAUCCUUUCACAAUGGAUAUUGACUUGGACUUCUACCGAUCCCAGCAUGAAAAAUUGGUAGGCCGAGAAUGGCUCUUAAACGAACUGGACGAGAAGAUGUAUUCCUCAAAGCGUGGUGUGUUGUUAUUGGCAGAAAUGGGAUAUGGAAAAUCUGCUAUUGUAGCUCAUUUGAUUUGUCAAAGUGAUAAACGUUUUCCUGGAAAUUGGAUCUAUCAACAUAUUGUUGUAUACCAUAUUUGUAACUUUAAUUCAAGAAAGACACUUUUACCUGGUAAUUUUGUGAAAAAUUUAGCUGGUGGCUUAUCAAAACGAAUACCUGGCUUUCUUCAAGUUUUACAAAAGAAUUCCAGAUUCAAAACAUAUUUUGAAAAUGACAGAUGUGAAGAAGAUCCAGAGGGGUGUCUCGACUUCUUAGUUCUGAAAGCAUUAAAUGAUUUAGAUAUGGUUAACAAUACUUAUAUUGUGGUUAUUGAUGCUUUAGAUGAAUGUAUUGAACAUGGUAACUUGAAUAUUUUUAAUUUACUUUGGAAACGUUUACCCGAUUUUCCAAAAAAUAUAAAGUUUUUCCUCACGUCAAGAAAUACCUCCGAUAUAAGGAUAGCUCGAACUCAGCUUCUGGUCCUUGAAAAAAGACCUACGGAUGACAGCAACACAAAAGAUGCACACAGAUUUGUAAAUAGCAAGAUAAAUAGCUUAUCUGAGCAACAUUACCUAAAACGGAUUUUUAAAACUAGUGAUGUAGCGACAGCAAUUUCAAAAGCUGUCAAAUAUACAAAAGGAAAUAUUUUACUUUUGAAGAACGUAUUAACAGGAUGGUUAAAAAACGAUGUUUCUUUACGGGGCAGUUACACGACACUUGAAGAUUUAUUCGACGAUCAGUUAAAGAGAAUAUUUCGCAAUGGAGGCGUUUUUAAAACUGUUAUAAAGGUUUUUCAGGUCUUAUGUUCUUCAAUAGAACCAUUAUAUGUUGAAGAGCUCUUAACGAUUGCUGAUCUGAAAGACGAUGAAAUAGUUGAUGUUUUAUCAAUUAUAGGCAAGGAACUUAGUCAUUUUAUUCGCCAAGCAAAUGGCAAAAUAUCACUUGUUCACAAAAGUGUGGCAGUGUAUCUUACAGACAAAUCCAGAAAGACUGAACAGUUUUAUGUAUCUAAGAGAGAUGGAUGCCGCUUGUUUGCAAAGCAUUUGUUGAAUAUGUUACAGCAACAAAGAUCGUUUACCAAUAUUAGCAUUGUUGAUCUCGCAUCCUAUGCAGCUUGUUCGUCAAACAAGGAAAUCAAAUAUGAAUUCUUAAAAAACAGUAAAACCCAUAUCAACGAGUUUUCUGAUGUAUACAUCCUUCAUCAAGCAGCAGCUAAAUUAAACUCCUAUACAGCCAUGUCACUUUUAUUUGACUUGUUUUCUUUACGAUUGGUGGAUGAAACUGACAAAGGGAAUAUAACUGCAUCAUAUAUCGCCGCUGCGUUUGGAAAUCAUAGAUCUUUAAAGGCUCUACUUGACCGUCAUGCAGAUGUGAAUUUCACCCGAUUGGGUCCAAAAUAUAUAAAUGAAACUGUUGAUAUGUUGCAUUUUUGCAAAACUUAUGCAUUUUGGGAGUACAGUUUAUUAAACAUCGCCGCACAAAACGGACACAUUGAAACUGUGCUGACUCUUCUACGACAUAACGUUCAUGUGUCUCAUCAAACAUCGUUCGGAUCGAAUUCAUUCCUUCUGGCAGUUGAGAAUGGUCAUACACAUAUUGUACAAGAAUUCUUACUGAGAUUUAAAUCAAUAUUAAUCACCAGUCUCAAUCAUGCACUCUAUUUAUCUGCCAAAAAUGGAUACGCUGACAUUGUGGAUCUACUUCUAUAUCACGGCGCAGAAGAUUUUUGUCCUACCUGCAACUCAAAGCAAUACUGGGCAUCCUUUCACCAGACUCGACUUCAAGCUACUGAUUCAGGCGAGAAUUUACAAAUGGUUAACUUUGUAUUUCUAGAUGAUCGACGUUUUAUAAGAUGCGAGUCGGCUUUGGAAAUUGCUAUACAAAACGGACAUACAGAUGUUAUUCGGAUAUUAUUAAAAAGAAGCAAUAAUACAUUGCACUGUCGAGAAUCUGGUGGUAGAACACCCAUAUUUACAGCGUUGAAGUUUAAAAGGUCAGAAAUUUUUAAACUUUUAUUUCAACAAGGUAUCAACAUUUUAGAUCGAUGUUUAUAUCGUAAAAAAAGAAUAGAUGUCAUUGAUCUCAACGAAAAAGAAAGAAAGGAGUACUUAGAAAACAUGUGCCUUUAUAACACAACAUUGUCUCACAACCUUGCGUAUUAUUGGGAUAAUAAAGUGUAUGAUUUUGGACAAAGUCAAAAUAUAUGGAAUUGGACUGCAAGAGACGGUAAUGGCUCCACUCCCAUACAUUAUGCUUGUUGUGCUGGGAAUACGGAGAUGAUAGCUCUUUUGGAAAGAGAUGGUGCUAGGUUUGAUGCAAGAUCUUUAAACAGAUCUACUCCUCUUCAUUCUGCAGCCAUAUGCCGUCAAAAUAAUGUUUUAUCUGACUUGCUCUCUCGAUAUCCCGAAUCUGUAUUUGACAAACAAAAUAUGUCAAUAAGUCAUUAUGUGGCUAUGAGUGUUCGAUAUAAUGGCGAAACAACUGAAGAGAUUAUUGAAAACGACGAGUUCUCAUUUAUUUAUCUUAAACGCAAAUUACAUGCAGAGGUUCAUUAUAAAGAUAAGUAUGAUAAAUCACCGUUGCGGUACGCUUGUGAGAAUGGAAAUAUUAAUUUGUUUAUAUUUUAUCAUAAAUUAGAGUCAAAUUUCGUACGGGUUAGUACAAGUACAGACAACUAUGGUAAUACUAUUUUGGACUCUGCAUUUAAAAGUACUCCACUUCUCUACAAAAAUGAUGUAAAAAUUGUUGAUCACUGCAACAUAUAUCUAUUUCAUACAGAUAUAAGUUGCGAUUAUUACAGAAAGAAAAUCUUUAUCCCACAUGAAUAUUUGAUAUAUUUGAUAUUGAAAAGUUUGAACAGAGUUUUAUAUAAUAUCGCUCGGCAAAAUAUUGGGAGAUAUAUUAAUAUUAGUCUACAAAAAAACAGUGGUCAUUUAUUAGGUAUCAUUUCUAAUAAUUUUCCCCGUGAGUACAAUCGAUAUAUGUAUACUCACGGCAUUGAAUCUUUAAAGAACUUGCUCAAACACACGGAAAUUGACCCAUUACUAUUAAUUUUUCUUCCGAACAUGAGCUACGAUUGCUCUCAAAUCACUGGCGAUGCAGUUUUGCAUGAUAUCGUUCAAGACGAAAGAAGAACGUUUUGGACAUCUCUGAAUUUUGAUUUCAAUAAAUUCCAUAUCCUUUCAAGUUCAUUAGAUAAAUGUGUGGAUGUUAAUGGAUACAAUUUUCUUCACAGAUCAGUAAUUGGUGGUAAUUACAUAGCUUUUCGUUUUCUAAGACAACUUGGGAUGUCUUUGUCCAGAAAGACUCGUGACGGAAAAAAUCUUAUUCAGUUGUUAGUUGAUAGUGCGCCAUGUUUUGAAGUAAAGGACAAAAAGAGAGAACUGGUUUUAAAUGUUUUGGGUAGAAAUUUUAUUGUCCAAGAACCUUGGACUGAGAGCAAUUCUGCAUCAGUUAGUUACAAUGCACUUGCAUCAAUCUUGGCAACGGAAACUUCUUUGAUAAGGCAGAUGAAUUCGCACGAAAUUUGCAAUGAUGCUUCCGCAUCUCUAAGUUUUACUCAUAAAGUGGCAGCAAAAGGAUUAAUACGGUUAUUGCUAGAAAUAGAAAAACAAUUUGGCCCGUAUGUAUUAAAUUGUGCCAAUAAAAAGGGUAUCACGACUGCCUUUCUACUCCGUUUUUUUAACCAUUUAAAGAAAUACCCGUACCGCUGGCAUUUGAAACAAAAUAAAGUUGACAUACAUAUAACUGCAUCUCUUUUUUUAAAAAUUCUGUUGGACUAUAAGCCCUUUAUAUUAUCGAAGGAUUCCCUAGAAAAUAAGUGUAAUUAUAUAAUGAAGAACUUUAGAAACACUAAAAGAAUGUUCUUUUGUGUAAUAAAUACGGAAAAAGAAUUUCUAAGCAUGAUGCUACAAUUUAUUAAACUUUUUGGAGUCAAAUCCCGGGAAGAUUUUGAAGCAUUGAUAAAGGAGUCGUAUAUCUACCAAAACGAGAAUGUUAGAAAAUUUCAUUCCGAUGGCUUUGUCAAAGGUCUAACUGCACUUGGAAACAUUGAUAACUAUAAAGAUCCCUGCAAUGAAAAUUGUUUCUCUUAUGAGACAACAAUGAAAAAUGCUAGAAAUAAAAGAUGUUUUAAUGCAACUUUUUCGGUUAACGUAAAUAGCAUUGAAUGCUUAGUAUUAAUAGCAGAAAUAACACGGAUGAAAUUCAUAUAUCAGGAUAUGUAUUUUCAUUUGAAAACCGGAAGAAUGUUUCAUUUCUUAUAUCUUUACACAAAAAGAUAUGACAUACCUUUUGAAGAUGACGAUCAAGUUUUGGUCAAUGGCACUUUAGUAGGAUACAUGGACGUUUAUCUCAAUUUAAUGGUGACAAUGUAUUCAAAAAAAGUUCAUAUUGAUAAAAAAUAUAAAUUUUUGGAUUGGUUCAAGUCCUGUAAAAACUGUUUAGCAAAAGAAAUGGUAAAGAAGAUAGGUUCAUCAACUAUACGAGAAAUACAGAGGUGGAAAGGUUCUGAACGAUCAUUUAUGCAAUUGAAGUCAGUAUAUAUACCACAUGAUGCCCAUACACCUCUUAUUAAUUAUUACUCACGUUUUAAAGACGUAGAAGAAAUUAAACCAUAAAGAAUACAAACAGUCCAAUGUUUGGUUCCACGCAGGCCCGCACUCACUCGCCACACAAACGUCUCCCCAUAUGUCUGAAAAUAUUAUCUUUUUGCAUGAGUGUUGCUUUGCAUAAUUGUACAAACAACUUUGUUCUUAUGUGAAUUUGUUGUAAUAAAAACCCCAUGUAUCUUACUGCUAUAUUAUACAUAUACAUUAC